CUCAUUAACAGGAAGUUAUUUAAGCAGCAGCUGUUUAUCGUGUCAUUCGCAGACGGAGUGAGAGAAAAGUUUGUUACAUGAAGUUAUGCAAGCAGCGCAGCAAUGAACCCAGGAGAUUUUACAAAGCUUUUCCUGCUGCUCCUUCGUUUACGGACGCUUGCUGCGGCUGGAACAGAGAGGAUGAACGUCCUUUUCAUCAUGGCAGAUGAUCUGCGGACGUCUCUGGGUUGCUAUGGAGACACCCUAGUAAAAUCUCCCAACAUUGACCAGCUGGCAUCCAGAAGCCAAGUCUUCCUCAAUGCAUAUGCCCAGCAAGCUGUGUGCGCUCCCAGUCGAACAUCGAUGUUGACCAGUCGCAGACCGGACACAACCAGGCUCUAUGACUUCAACUCCUAUUGGAGAGUCCACUCUGGGAACUACACUACUCUGCCGCAACACUUUAAAUCUAAAGGGUACUACACCAUGUCGGUGGGCAAGGUGUUUCAUCCAGGAAUUGCAUCAAACCACACUGAUGACUACCCUUACAGCUGGUCUAUCCCUGCAUAUCACCCAUUUUCAUUUAGAUUUGAGAAAGAAAAGAUGUGUAAAGGUGAAGAUGGUAAGCUGCACACGAACCUGCUGUGUGCGGUUAAUGUGACCGAGCAGCCUGGGGGAACCCUGCCAGACCUGGAGAGCACAGAUGAAGCAGUGAGGCUACUGAAGAGUCGGGCCAGUGAUGGAGCUCCUUUCUUCCUGGCUGUGGGCUUUCAUAAACCUCACAUACCUUUCAGGAUCCCACAGGAGUACCUGAGCCUAUACCCCUUAGAUAAAAUGACUUUGGCUCCAGACCCAGAUGUUCCCAAGUUCCUUCCCCCUGUAGCCUACAACCCCUGGACAGAUGUGAGAAAAAGGGAGGAUGUUCAGAAACUUAAUGUUAGCUUUCCCUAUGGACCAAUUCCUAAAGACUUCCAGCUGCGAAUCCGUCAGCACUACUACGCUGCUGUGUCUUUCAUGGACACUCAGGUUGGGAGGCUUCUCAGUGCUCUUGAUGCUCUCGGGUUGACUGACAGCACAAUGGUGGUUUUUACCUCUGAUCAUGGUUGGUCAUUAGGCGAACACGGCGAGUGGGCUAAAUACUCAAAUUUUGAUGUGGCGACGCGUGUUCCCCUCAUCAUGUUUGUCCCUGGUGUCACUGCUGCCUCCAGCUGGCCAGGAGAGCCUACUUUCCGCUUUAUAGAUGUUUUAAGCAAACCAGAGCACAUCUUCACAAAUGCCAAAGUUAUCCGAAACGUGGUGGAACUGGUGGAUGUGUUUCCUACAAUCUCCAACAUGACUGGCAUCCCAACACCUCAAUAUUGCCCUGAUGUUUCUCUCCAGGUGGAGUUGUGUACAGAAGGAAGGAACCUGGCGUACACCUUUCACCAAAAAGAAAGCGGGAAGAAUGCUGAACUGAUCGCUUUCAGCCAAUACCCUCGUCCUGCUGAUGCCCCACAGAACAACUCUGACCUUCCUGAUCUCCAAGACAUCAAGGUGAUGGGUUACUCACUGCGUGACUGGGACUACAGAUACACACUGUGGCUUGGCUUCAAUCCCAGGUCCUUUCAGGUGAAUGUAUCAGAUGUCCACGGUGGAGAGUUAUACAUGUUAGCAGAUGACCCCGGUCAGGACAAGAACAUCUACAGUGGCUUGGACCACAGUAUGAUGAUGAAGAAGAUGGCCAGCCUUCCUCAUGAUGUGAGUCUGUGGACAAGAAUGAGGCUCCAGCUCUAUUACCACACAGCAGGCCUGAAGACAAAUACUGGGAAGGAGACAAGGAUGGUCUUCGGUGUACAGGAGGGAUUGGGGACCGCCAUUUGUGGACGAGAGUCUGCAUGGCCAGCUGGCUGUAUUAGCUGGGUGAGAAUACACGGAAUGUGGUGUGCUUGGAGACUAGAGCUGAGCAACAGGUCCAUUAGCUCCUCGUGGCUUGGACCUGAUCUCCACAAAAUCACUACAGCACUAUUUUUUCCCCCUCUGUUGUCAGUCAUCAAUAUGAAUAUAAGGAUAGAUUGUGAUCCAAAAGUUUCUGCCACAACUUCAACUAAUUCCAAGGUGCCUGGAGAACUACAAAUAUCUGGUAAUGUGAGACUCCAGCGACACUUACUUAAAAACCAACAUGUUUUGUCUUGUCACCAUGGUAAAGGCCAAUAUUGGUAAAGGUUAAUAAAGUUUGUUUCUCAGUCCUUAAAUAACUUAAUAAAUGUACAGCUGCAACUAUACAAGCCACAUGUACAAUCAUUAGCUACUUUAUUAGGAAUAGCAUGCUAGUAGUGGGUUGGACCCCCUGUAGCUUUCUGAAACACCUUAAUUCUUAAUGGAAUGGAUUCAGUGAGGUGUCGUUCUCAGAUUUUGGUCCAUUUUGACAUUGCAUCACACAGUUGCUGCACAUUUGUUAGAUGCACAAACAUGAUGUGAAUCUCAGGUUCCACCACAUCCCGAAGGUGGCUUGUUGAAUUGAGGACUGGUGAUUGUGGAGGGCAUUGGACUACAGUGAGCUAACUGACAUAUUCGAGAAACCAGUUUGAAAUCAUCUGAGCAUUGUGACAUGGUGCAUUAUCCUGCUAGAAUUAGUCUUCUAAAAUUGGUAAACUGUAGUAAUACUAGAAAUGGAUGAACAUGGUCAGCAACAAUACCUUGGUAGUCUGUGGUGUUUAAACCAUCCUUAGUUGGUACUAAGGGCCCCUAAAAUGGGCCAACAAAAUCUCUCCCACACUAUUACAACACCACCACUGGCUUGAAGCAUUGACACAAGGAACUAUGGGUCCAUACUUUCCAUGUUCUAAACAUACUGUUUAAAUGUCGCAGUUGAAAUCGAGAGUCAUUGGGCCAGACAAGGUUGUUCCAAUCUGUUGUCAAAUUUCUGUGAACCUGUGCAAAUUGUGGUGUGGUAUUCAUUCUGCUGCUGUAGCCCAGCUGCUUCAGGGUUCAACUUGUUCUGCAUUCAGAGAUUGUAUUCUGACUGUCAACAGGGCAUUUUCAUAUUUCAUUUAGCUGCUGCUUACUGGAUAUGUUCCUUUUUUCAGAGCAUUCUCUGAAACCCAAGUAAGCAUUGUGUCCCUGUAGAUCAAUACACUGAAAUGUCCAGCCCGUCUGGCACCAGUAACCAUCCCUUGUUCAAAGUCUCAUAAAUCACCUUUUUUCCUAACCUGAUACUCAGCUUGAACUUUAGCAAGUUGUCUUCAUCACUUCUAGAUGCCCAAAUCCACUGUGUUGCUGCCAUGUGAUUGGCUGAUAUUUUUUUUUGUUGCUUUUGUUAAUAGGUGAUUGAACCCCAUAAAGCUUGUUGAAAGUGUACAUUUGCAAGUAGACUGCUGCUCUUUUGUUAAUUAAUGUAUUCAUGGCAGCGUGUCUGAAUCCUGCUGGAUAUGAUGGCAGGGCAUUCUUCUUCCAUAGGGCUAAGUGGUGGGUCUGCCAUAAGAUGCCCUGAUGCUGUGGUGAAUGUCUGAUUUAAAACUUGGUGCAAUAAUGACAGUAGUGGAGGCUUCCACCACCCAUAAGCCUGUACAACAGUUGGUCACCAUGGAGACGGAACAAGGAGUGGUGGGCCAUUGAGUUGCACUGACUAAAAUAUCUACUUGUUUAUCAGCUCACCAGGUCAACCCAGUCUUUUUGACUCUGGUUAUAUUCAUAUAUGUUCUACAUGUGAUGAGCUAUAUCUAAAGUGAAUUUAAUAUUGCAACAAGGUCUGCCUUGCUGGACAUUUUAGCUGCUUUUUGUUAUGACACAAAAUCAGCAAGGAGAUUGGAUAACCCAACUUGGUUGAUAUGAAAACAAAGAAACAUGGAAAGUUUGGAUGCAAUUAUAAAUCUGUUGCCCCCCACCCCCCUCUGUGCACCACUAAUAAAGAAGAGGCCAAGGUGUUUUAGUUCAACAAAAAAGAUGUACCUCAGAUAGUAAAAUUAAAAUGCUUUCAAAACAUUCUGUACCACCAGGCGGAAAUGCUUGCGAACAUCUGCAGACUGUGAACUACUAAACAGCUGACCUUUCACAGUUACAUAAGGACUCCCAGAUAUCUCACCUUAUCAGCAACUAAAACCCAAACAUGUUGAGCAAUCUGACAUCCCCUCUGCUGUGUUCUUCUGCAGCUUAUUUACAUCUGCACCUGUGUGACUCAUUCGCUGCAUUCGUGUGGAGCACACAACACGACAGCUGCCACGCUUUAGAAAAUGUGCAGUUAUGGUGAUUUUAUGGCACUGACCAUGUUAUAUUCGUCUGGUGAUUACUGUGUUCUGAGUGCAUCAUAGUGUGGAGGCCCUGGUUCUCCACAACUGUUGGCUGAAAAUCACAGUUAAAGCUUCACUGAACUCUGUAAUUAGCAAUGCAUUUAAUGGGUUAGGGGAGAUUGUUUGCUUCAUGGAGUUGGUCUGUUUCCUGAAUCACCCAGAUAAAUGAUUUGAAUCUUCAUACCAAAAUCAGGAAUCAUGAGAUCUACACCUCCAUCAAUCCGGAUUUUUUUGAGUGCCAAUGCUUGUUGCUGAUAAAUACACAUGGCAAAUGUAUACACAGUAUGUAGUAGCUAAUAACACAUUAGCAGUUUGGAGAUAUGUCUGAAUCAUUUUAUGGAACUCUUGCAAAUUGACUUCUUUACCCACAAUAAGAAUGAAAAAAUUAAAAGUAAAUGGGAUUAUUAAUUAAAACACAAGGGGAUCCGAUAUUUUAUUAUAUUAAUGUCCUGAAGGUGCUGCUUGUUGGUAAAACGCAAGUCUUUCAGAACAUCACACAAUCCCAACUGCUUUUAACGCUCUAAACUGUAUUUAAUUGUCCUGUAUGUCACCUACAAAUUGCCAAUGUGAGAAUGCUCCAGGAAGACUCUGGGACUUUGUUAAAACGGAGGAUUUGAUUUCAACCAGGACCGUAUCAAAAAGCACAGAUCUGGAGAAAUCUUCAGCUGAAUGUAGAAUGUCUGUUGAUCUUUAAACACAGCCUUUCUUGUAGGCCUCCAGACAGCACAUAAGCAGUACUAUAUUUGGCAUCCGUCAGCCUGUGGCACCAACUAUCUUGAAGCACAGUCAGGCAUUUAUAGCCGGCCAUUUUUGGUAUGUCUCAGCAUAUGGACCUGACUUAGAAAUGUGCCCAACCUAUGGCCUCAAGAUCUAAUGUGUUAUCAGACAAUACAGAAUAUAUAAAAAAAAGAUUCCAUCUCGUCACUCAUCAAGAGUUUUAGAUGUCCUCUUAAUCGGUCUUUCAGCGGUGUCAGAUUAUUUCAGAUUUUUUUAAAGAAGGAAAUGAACAUUAUGUACGGAGUUCCUGGUCUUAAUCUGCUAAUACACACAAGCUUUAAUCACUCUCGUUUAAGGCCAAUUGUCCAUGGAGAUGCUUGGUAGUGAAAGUGACAAGACCCCCCAGUCCCACUGAACUGAUUGUUUUAGUUGAAAGAUGACUGUAUUGAUACCUUUUAAAAUAUGGUACAACUUACCCAAAAGGUAGUAAGUUGUUGGUUUAAUGACUUGAGCUGAGUUGCCAACGUGUCGGCAAACUCGCCUGCCUUUUCCUUAAUGAAUACUUUUUGCACUUUUUUCAUGUAGCUGUACUUUGACAAGUCUGCAAUACAAACUUUUGAAUUAAUGUAAUGGUGAUUGAAAUUUGUCUUUGCUACCCAGUGUUAAGAAGUUUACAUAAAUAUUAUUUUUAGUGUAUACAUUUUGAAUGAUUUUUGUAAUGUUUUUCAUGACAGCUUUUUUGGACCUCUUAUAUAGUAUUAGUACAACAUCCUAGCAUUUUUCCAUCAGUCAUGGGUUUCGAUCUUGGUGUGCCACACUGAGAUUUAUAAUGUGUCCCAUGUGCCACCCCAUUGUAGUGUAUUAGAACACCUCUACUACAGUAUACUUACAACAUUAGGGCUAUCAGUUAUAAAUAAUUUUCACCCAGAGAAUCUUCUGAACAGUUUUCUUUAUUAGCACUAAAGGGUUCAUCAUUCAGUCUUCUUUGGGUAACCUUUAUGAGUGAAGUCUUUUACUUUCUACUUCAAUAGCUGAUGGGGACUUGCACAUUCUGUAGCCACACACUGACAUUUUCAUUUGCACUUGUGGUUAUUUGCCCUCUCUUCUUGGAAAAUAGUUGGUUCAGAUUUAAUUCACAGACCUGGAAUGAACCGAGUAAAAAGCCACCCCAUAAAACUGUAAUGCAAAUGAAACGGAGUGUAGCUGCAUUUUUACAGCUGCUCCAGUGCCUGAUCAUUUUGUGCUGUGGACAUUUUGAAGAAAGCAAUUUCAGCGGGUCUGAUGAUGAAUGAACUGGGUUUAGUCUGUCAGCUUUUAAUGUGUAGGCUUCUAAUGUGUCACAGUUGAGGAAGAAAAUUCAGCACUUUUGUGUGGUUUUAUAUUUGUAUUUUCUUUAAUUUUUUUAUUUAACAGCUCGAAAGCAUAAUGUUUGUUAAAGAGCCUCUAGGAAAGAAAGUACCAGUGCCCGCUCUCUGGCACUGGCUGUUUUGUUUUUCAAACUAUUAAUGACCUUGAAUUUUAUCUUAAAGGAUGGUUUGAGUCUUGUCUAACGCCUUUUUAAAAUUUCCUGUCAAUCAGGCAGAGCCAUUUGUCUGCUUGAAAUGAAGUCUUUGCUAAAUAAAAAAAAUCUCAAAACGUUGGCA